CAGCAACAAUAUCGAGAGCGUGGCUUUAAAAAAUAUUCAGAUUUGAUAUCAUGUCUUCUUGUUGCUGAGCAAAAUAAUGAACUUUUGAUGAAAAAUCAUCAGUCACGGCCUAUUGGUUCAGCCCCAUUACCUGAGGCAAAUGCAACCUCAUAUAAUAAUUAUGGGCGUGGUCGAGGCCGUCGUCGUGGUCAAGGCCGUUGUCAUGGUCGUAAUCAUGGCAAUAACCAUGGCCGAGGGUAUGCCCGUGGUCGAAAUAAUACUUGGCAUCGUAGAGGUUUCAACCCCAAAUAUGAAUCUGUUGAACCAAAGAACGAAAGGGGUAGAAAUUUACAAAAGAACCCUGCAAAAGUUUCUGAAAGUUUUUGUUAUCGAUGUGGAGCAAAAGGACAUUGGGAGCGUGCUUAUCGCACUGCUAGGCAUUUGGUUGAUCUUUACCAAACCUCACUUAAUGAAAAGGGAAAAGGAAAAGAUCCAGAAAUGAAUUUCAUUGAGCAAAAUAAUGUGGAUCUUGAUACACACCUUGAUGUUGCUGAUUUUUUCGAGGUUGUUGAAAAGCUUAAUGGUGUUGGUGAUACCCAACUAAGAGUUUGACUUAUUAUGUCCUCUUAAAUAAUUUGCCUUUUGUGGCCAUUUCCCUUUUUCUAUAUGUAAUGUUCUUUUUAUAUGCAAUAAAAGAAUAAGCAUUUCAGAAUAUAUAUUGAUUAUUUGUCUCUUCUGUUUUAUUUGUCUUUAUUUAAGACUAAAUGGACUUGGAUGAUGCUAAGAUCAAAGAUGGAGACCUAUGUCUUGUUGACAGUGGCACAACACAUACCAUCUUGAGAAAUAAGCAUUAUUUUUCUCA